AUGGUGCCACCCACUACUGAAACGGACUUCACGUAUGGCGACAACCACGUCUUCAGCGAUGAGGAACUUUUGUCGGAAGAGGGAGCGAAGCAAGGAACGAGGACCAGCGUUGCUCUGAAGAUGAGUCUUCUUAGAUUUGUACUUCUUGGUCUGAUCGGGUACAACCGCCUUGCAGCACGAGUAUCGCUUGCCUGA